GCCCAGCAGCUGGGGCUGACAUUUGCAAAGGCUCAGACGUGCCAGCACUUCGGGAGCCCUCGCGGGGCUGCUGCGGGCGAGCAGAGCGGCCCCAGCCCCGGCGACACGACCUGGGAGUGGUGGUCCCAGGAGCCCUGGCCUGAGGAGGGAUGGACGACAGCAAAUCCCUGAAGGUGCGGCUGACCUUCUGCGUGUUGCUGGUGGGCGUCUCGCUGCUCUUCGCGGCCGUAGUGACUGACCACUGGGCCGUGCUGAGCCCCAAAGUGGAGAAUUACAACACCACCUGCGAAGCGGCUCAUUUCGGGCUAUGGCGACUCUGCAAAAAACAGAUUUAUGUGCAGCAGCAAGGUCCCAAAGAGAAGGGCUGCGGGCCCAUAAGUCUGCCAGGAGAACAAACCUGCUCCUACUUCAAGCACUUUACUCCAGGAGAGAGCUCGGAGAUAUUUGAAGUAACCACCCAGAAAGAAUACAGCAUUUCAGCUGCAGCCAUUGCCAUCUUCAGUGUUGGCUUUGCCAUCAUUGGAACAAUCUGCGUCCUCUUAUCCUUCCAGAAGAAGAGGGACUACCUGCUGAAGCCAGCAUCCAUGUUCUACACCUUUGCAGGUCUCUGCAUCAUCAUCUCUGUUGAAGUCAUGAGACAAUCUGUGAAAAGGAUGAUUGACAGCAAGGAGACAGUCUGGAUUGAGUACAGUUACUCCUGGUCCUUUGCCUGUGCCUGUGCCUCCUUCGUCCUGCUCUUCAUCUUCGGAAUCGUCCUCCUCCUGAUUGCGCUGCCUCGCUUCCCCCAGAACCCCUGGGAGACCUGCAUGGAUGCAGAACCAGAGCACUGAUGUUCCCCAACCCGUGGGAAAAGCCAGAGUGUUUUGAAAAAAUUUAUAUUUUUUAAAAUGUCUUGAUCUCACCAUACAAUGUGCACUCCGUUAACUAAGUCAUGAUUGAAACAAGGCUUCUUCAAUUAUAACUCUCGCUUUGUUGUUUUUUUGUGGUUUUGCUUUUUUUUUUUUUUUUUUUUUUUUUUUUUAGGAAAGAAGAGAGAGCAUUCAGAGCACCAGUGUGGGUGAACAGCACUCUGCUCUCUUUACACCUCCACCCUGCUGGAGGCUGAGGGGCGAUUUGCAAUUUGUGGAUGCCUUGUGCCAAUGCAGCUGGGUGAAAAAGUGCACGUGAGACAACUCAUGCUGCAGAGGAGACAGCAUUCUUGGGGUGUGCAGUGUAGUUAGAGUUGAAGAGCUUAAGGGAUACCAAGCCUUUACUCCUCACUUGUUCAGACACUCUGUGAGAAAUUUCAGCUCCGUGGGAGUCCAUCUCCCAUCUGUGCCAUACUCCUCUGCCUCCUGAGAAGGGUUAGCUCACCACCUAAAUCUAUUGGAGAACCUUAUGCUGUUCUACUAAACUGUUAAAAUAAAAUAAUUAAAAAAAAAAAA